AUGGGCUCACUUCUAAAUGACGAUCACGACAAGGACCCUCAUAUACACCCUCUCCAUUUAAGGGCAUUUGAUGCCUUGCCCGACAAGAAGCGGGUAUGGCCAAGCAAGCCCAAUACGAGAGAAGAGGGACUGGGCCGUCUCGUCCUGCUCACGCCAGACGUCGUCGCCUCCGCGGCAGCAACAAGCAUUCGCAGCGGACGUCGUGUGAAUCUGGGGUGGGAAUUGAAUAAGUUGGAAAUCGCCAAUUUCGGACGAUCGCCUUGUAAGCACCAGAUUGUCGACCUCCUCGACGGUGCUGCUUUUGACGACAUUUACACGUUCAACCCGCAACAGAGCAGCCAAUGGGAUGGGCUCAGGCAUUUCUCACAGCCCGAUCCGACCGAGGGUGAGCCAGAAAGGAGGGUAUUCUACGGUGGUGUGACGAAGCAGGAGAUUAUGGACCCAACGAACCACCGGAUAGGAUUGCAGUAUUGGGCGAGGGAAGGGAUCUGCGGGCGAGGUGUGCUAUUGGACUAUGCUUUGUACGCAGAAAAGAGAGGCAUCGAGUAUUCGACAUUCUGCGACCAUUCAGUCCCCCUCAACGUACUGCUCGACAUCGCUCAAGAGGAGAAUCUGACAUUCAAACGUGGCGACAUCCUCUUCGUGCGCAUCGGGGUGACCAAGGAAUGGGAUACGCGCAUGACAUGCGAGGACAAAAAUGCCUACGCAAUGACCAAGACUCCUCAACACGCUGGCGUCGAAGGAACCGAGGAAAUGCUGCGCUGGCUGUGGGAUACAGGCUUCUCUGCCGUGGCCAGUGAUGCGAUAUCAUUUGAAAUCUAUCCUGCUAAGAAGAGUUAUCCCGGCGGAGAAGGAGAGCCUGAGGUGGAGGGAGUCUUUAUGCACGAAUACUUAUUGGCGGGUUGGGGCAUGCCGAUUGGUGAGCUCUUUGAUCUUGAGGCCUUGAGUGAGAUGUGCGUGAGGGAGCAACGCUGGGAGUUUUUCGUCGCGAGCGCACCGUUCAACAUGCCUGGAGGCGUUAGCAGUCCACCGAACUGCCUCGCGAUCUUUUGA